CGUUCCCGCUGUGCCACCCCUCCGCUAUAAAUUGCUUCAUCUGAGCCUCCUGGUGCCACUUGUAAUAUUCCUUUGAGGAUUUGUUUGCGCGCAGAGCGACACAGACGACCAACAUGAAGACCGUCGGGUGGAAUAUUCUGAUUUUAUCGUUUGCUUUUCUUGCUUCAGCUCAAGUACCAAAGGAGUGUUCGGCACCAUCUGAAUACCCGCACACCAGACUGAACAAGAAAUAUACCAGCAGACAGAAGUACGCCGUUGGGGAGAAGGUGUAUUAUAACUGCGCCGAGGACUUCAUUCCAUCCUCAGGCAUCCGAGUUGUGCAGUGUAUUGGAGGAAAAUGGACCAAACUGACUCUAAAAUGCGAAAAGAAAUCAUGCGGCAAUGCCGGGGAUUUACCUAAUGGGCAGUUCCAGUAUGAAGGGAAUUCAUUCCUUGGGGAGAAAGUUUAUGCUGUAUGCAAUGAAGGAUACACUCUGAAAGGACUCAACUACAUGAUCUGCAAGAAGUCUGGUUGGACCGGUGAAUUCCCAUCUUGUGAAGAGGGAGCGGUCACCUGCUUCACCCCUGCAGUGGCCAACUCUGUGCGCCGCGGUGACAAUGUUUCUGUACACUGGGUGGGAGACAGCAUGACCUUCACCUGCAGUGAGGGUUUCCAGUUGGAUGGAGCUCAGCAGAUCACUUGUGGUCCUGAUGGCCAGUGGGAGCCUCAACCCCCUCGAUGCCUGCCCUCUCCUGAUGAUAAAGCGACAGGUGGAUGUGGUGUGCCAGUAACCACCAAAAACUCCAACGCCAACCUCGCUGACAAGUACAUCACAAUGACAUCUUUUGCUUCUGGUGACAAAGUCCAUUACGUGUGCAACGUCGGAUACAUUCAAGCAGGCGGCAGUAGACUUCGCAGGUGCAUCGAGGGAAAGUGGACGCCGCUGCUGCUAAAAUGUGAACGAAAGGCAUGUGGCUCUGCCGGAGAGAUUCUAAAUGGACAGUUUACAUAUACUGGAGUUGAGUUUGGCGACACUGCUACAGCUGUCUGUGAUGAGGGGCAUCAACUUGUGGGACGGGCAACCAGACACUGCAUGAGUAAUGGCUGGGAUGGACGUGUUCCUGUCUGUGAGGCUGUGGGGUGUGCAGAGCCUCCAGAAGUGACAAAUGCAGAGAUGGAAGGCCGUCAGGAGCCACCAUACACAUACAGGAGUGUGGUUCGCUAUCAUUGUCGUGUGGGAACGCUUAUUGGACAACGGGAGAUUUGGUGUACCAAGGAUGGGACAUGGAGUACUUCUGCUCCUAAAUGCAAAGAAAUCACAUGUUCGUCUCCGAUUGUGCCCAGUGCCUACUGGACAGGGGCUCAUAAUGAGCUGCAUCAAUACAGGGACACUAUAACUAUUGAGUGUAACCCAGGCUACAGAAGGUUUGGCCCAAGCACCGUUACCUGUGGUAGUGAUGGCCGAUGGUUCCCUACCCUCCCCAAAUGUACACGCAUAUCACAUGGCACCUACUGAAGGAGAUAAUACGCUAGCUGAAAUACAAAACUACAGUGUUCCAUCCAACCUGGUUAAACUCUUCACCAAAUGUCGGAGGAUAGAAAGAAUUCUCUAAACCAAACUACACUAUCUUCCUUCUAAAAGAUAAUUGUUCUAAAUUCCACCUUUUUUUUAAAUAAUGCAGUACUACUGAUAUUUGCUAAUAAUAAAACUUGUAUAAACUCAUUAUAAAGACGGUGUAGUCCCUCACUCAGUCAUUAUAAAGACAUUAAAAUGUUUUGAAAUGAA